AGCGAUCGCGCUAAACAGCACAACAAACAUUCAGCAAAGUUUGCGCGGAGGAACAAGAUCACACGCUUCCUCUCUCGCGAUCGUUUAUGUCUAUCGGCGCCAAUCGUUGCCGUCGUCCGUCGUCGUUGUCGUUCGAAGAUCCGAUAUUAGUGCAUACAGUGGACAAAGUGUAGCAGCAGUGGUGUGAGGUCAAUUGGAUCGUUAUCAUCAUCAUCAUCGGACAAAUGCGUGGAUGCGUAGAAACGGCGAGGGAGUAGCUGAUCUAUGUCCCCUAAGGGGGAUCCUUCUCGGUGUGGAAAUUUGGCCUUUAAUAUUUGCGUUGAAGAUUGACAGCCUUGACGCAAAUAUAUCACGUUGGGCGGUAGUCUCCCAAAAAUCUUUUGGAUGUGAAGACAACUUCCUAAGCAUACAUGGUGUCGGUGAAUUCAAUUCAAUCGUGCAAUUCAGAGUAAUUUAUUAUUUCAAUUCGGGUGUACACGAAAACUGUUGUGCAAACAUAGCGCGAAAAAAUACGUGAUUGUGAUUUGAGAGGAUUCAAUUGAAACGAUUCCAAGCAUCAGUAUUAUUCGAACACCCAAAGUGGGAUAGACAACUGGAGCAGCCUGUUUUCUUCGAAGCUAACGGCAAUACUUUUAACCAGGGACUUGUUGAUCUGCUAAACAGCAUUUACCAAAUUCGAGACAGAACGCAACACCAGGUGAAUGCGUGAGGAACUUUACUAGUCAUCAAUAUGGAAGCCAAUAUCCAGCUACAACCGGCGUGCUGCCUCUCGGAUGCAACAAAACAAAUAACCAACAAUCCAGAACUUUGUGAUACAUUCACCAACUACAAAGAGUUAUCCAAGAAGAGCCACGAUAGAAAGUACAAUGAUUUCCAUGAGCUACAAGCAAACUUCAAGGAACUGCAGGUCAAGGAUAAGUCAAAAACCAAACAAAUGAUGAGCAAGGGUAAUCGUAAAAAGAAAAGAAAGAAGCAAAAGCUAAAUUUCGAGGGAGAGACAUUCAAAGAUCCGGAUCCAUACCAGCUGGCAGUCCGCAAAACAAAGUAUGGAAAUCAGAAGAAUAAAUUCGUGUUUGAAGGAGAGAAGUUCGCAGAUCCGGAUCCGCACGGUUUGGCCAUUCGGAAGAGCUCAGUUAGCAGCUUUGACGAUAAGUAUGUUCUGGACGAAUAUAUGUCACAGUUGCACCAUGCACAUCCAGGCGUCGUUAACGGUAGUAUGGACAAUUUUAACAAGGAUAUUUACAUCGGAAAGCUAGAUUACGACGAGGACAACGAAGAUAGCUCCCUAGAUGAUGCUCAGGAAAGUUGUUACAAUGCGUCAGCAUUGGCACAGUUCCUGGCAGUAGGUGUGAAAAAUGUGUUACUGCUAGGAUAUGGAAUGAGUCUGGGUUUCCCAACGAUCGUCAUUCCAGCGAUUCAAGGAGGUGAAGGUCGUGAACCCAGUAUGGAAGAAGGAUUCACUCUCAACAAAGAUGAGAUAUCGUGGCUUAGUUCAAUAAAUCUCAUUUGUGUUCCAUUGGGUUGUGUGUUUUCUGGAAUGCUGAGUCAGCCCAUAGGAAGACGUAGAGCUAUGCAAUUAGUAAACAUCCCAGUGUUCAUUUCCUGGAUACUGUUUCACCUAGCACAGGACGCCCAUUUCCUGUAUUGCGGUCUAGCUCUUAGCGGUUUCAGCGGUGGUUUAGGCGAAGCACCGGUUCUUACAUAUGUAGCUGAAAUCACCCAACCUCGGUACCGUGGUAUGCUGGCAGCAAGUGGAUCUACUUUCGUAAUACUUGGUGUUCUAAUAGAAUUUUUCAUGGGCAGUUUCCUACGGUGGCGAACCGUGGCUUUAUGCAGUGCUUGUGUGCCGGUAGUCUCAUUCAUUCUGCUUUUCUUCGUGCCCGAAAGUCCCGUUUGGUUAGCACAGAAGAACAAACCGAAGCGUGCCCGCAAAGCACUGGCCUGGUUGCGAGGUUGGGUUCCGGAGGAACAGAUAGAGCAAGAAUACACCGAACUUUUGAAUCACAUGGAACAAACUGCUAAGCAGCAGAAGCAUCUAUCAGCUGCCAAAAAGUUACAACUAUACACCAGUAAACCAUUCUUGAAACCGUUUGCUGUUAUCAGUCUUUGCUUCUUUAUUGGGCAUUUCUCCGGGAUGACAACACUGCAAACAUAUGCCGUGCAGAUAUUCCACACCCUAAAAGCUCCCAUCGAUAAGUACUAUGCAACAAUACUACUGGGAGUAGCUGAACUACUCGGGACUUUGUUUUGCAUGGGACUCGUACAUUACAGUGGAAAACGUCCGUUAGUAUUUGUAUCUUCGAUAGGAUGCGGCAUCUGUUUCUUCUCGGUGGCCAGUUACGCCUACUUUCUGCACAUGAUUCCUGGGCCUUCAGUGAACAACGUUGUAGCAAAUGUUUCAGCAAUCAAAACGGACGUCCGCGUGAUACCUCUUAAUCACACAGAAAUUCUGUCGAUCGGCCAAAUCGACAGUUUGGCAGAUUUCGUACAAAAUACUACUAAGGAGUUACCAUACACGAACUUUAACAUAACUAGCGAUACAGCGUACGAUAAUCUAAAUUUCAACCCUUUGUACGUGAACGGUUCCUAUGACGAUACCGUUGAGAAAGACAUCCGUUACGGAGAAUAUGUCCGAACUGUGUUCCCCAGAGAUGUUCUAGUCCAAAUUCCAAAUGCCAACGAAAAUAAAUAUCUAUGGUUACCUUUAACGCUCCUAUUGGGAAGCGCUUUCCUAACCCAUAUGGGAAUACGAAUGAUCCCAUGGAUGUUAAUUGGUGAACUGUUUGCUCCGUCAAUACGUAGCGGAGCAUCCGGAAUUUCCGGCGGAACAGGCUAUAUCUUUGGAUUCCUCGCAAAUAAGCUUUUUCUACGAAUGUUAGCCACAUUAACCUUACCAGGAACUUUCUGGAUGUACUCCGCCAUUACCUUCAUUGGUACCGCCAUUUUAUACAAGAUCCUUCCGGAGACGGAAGGCAAAAGCCUUAUGGAAAUAGAGCAAUAUUUUUCGAAGAAACGAAAAGAUAGCAUUCAUUUUGAUUUGGACUUGGAAGCCCCGCCAAAACCUAAACCAAGGAUUUCGAUAUCGCCUACAGCAAUUGCGCCACCACCACUUCCGCCAAGAUCUCAUCCAUUAAAAGAUGAUCUGGGACGAAUUCGCAAGACUUCUCACAUGGCUCAAACUCGCAGGUUAUCUGACACAUCAAAUACGUCAAGAAAAAUAUCUACUUGUUCUUCAAACAAAUCGGCUCAAUCGUAUGCUCUGAGUGAAACACCUGCUGCCGCAAUUAUGGAGAACUAUAGAAAAAUAUCGGCUAGUAAAACCCCUAUAACGCCAUCUGCUUCUUCAGAUACCCAACAGCCAGUUUUGGUUGUACCCCCGAGAUUAAAAGCCGUUAAAACUCCACAAAUUGAAGAGCCAUCGGAACUUAGUGGCACACAACGGUACAAAAAGUACGGUAAAAGUAUUAGCGUUAUAGAGAAUACGAAGCGCAAGGUGAGCAAUACAGCUGCGCCGGCCAUAGAAGUUAAACCACGAAAGGUAUCCAAUAGUGAACAAUUGCCCAAAAAUAAGCGAUAUUCCCGUAGCUCUAGGCUUGGCAAACCAGUAACGAUCGAGGGAUUCGAUGUUACAACCUGGGACAGCAACAUCAAAUUCGAAGAAAUGCUCCGUAAGCGACAAGAAGCUCCAAAUUAUGAGGAUGAUGCCGACGAUUCUAACUUCGAAGCUGAACCAAUCUCAAACACCUCAGCCAGCCAGCAUGAUCUGAGACAGCUGGAGCAACACGUGCAGCAAAGAGACGCCCAUAUGAUGGCCAUGGGUAUACGCAGGACUAGACAGAACUCGGGUAGUUUGAACAUGCUGAGCACAGGGCACAUGGGGCAGGAAAAUCCGGCUUUUAAGGGAAGCAAAGAUAGUGUGGAUACCAAAAUGUAGAGUAUUGUUGAAUGACUAGUAGAAGAGGAUUAAA